AACCGGCGCGUCGAUAGCUCGAUUUUCAUAUAGACUGGGAAUUCUAUAUAAUAUAUGAUGUGAAUCUUUUCCUCUCCCUUGAUUUUUCCUGUCAUCCUCAAUCUACAACUUCAAUUUACGACCAUAUUCAUCGGAUCAGCAGAAUUCCAACCAUAAAACCAUUUCAAGCAUUGCACAAAACAUGUCACCGUGAGUAAAUUUUAUGUCACUGUCAUUUACUCCAAUCUCUCUUACCACAUUACAUACUGAAAUGACAAAGCACGGAUGAAAAUGCAGCGGCGGUAAAGAGGAAGCAAUAUGGUCAAAAGUUUCCGCACAAUCCCAAGGUAUCAAGAUCAGUCGAGAAAAGAAACAAGCCAUUCGAAGUUCAUGUUAAAAAAGAUGGACAAGUUGAAAUCUUCUUGCACGAAAGAUUCGCAGCAAACUGUGAAUUAUUUAAGAAUAUCUUGGGAGUAAGUUCAAUCUGAUCGGCAUUUGAAUCGAUUCAUGUAGCGGGCAAAUGCUGAUAAUUGACAGUUGGGAGGAGCCACGCAGUGCUUCUGUGACGGUUGUCUAAUAGGGGACCUUGAACUUCGGACAAGAGUAAGUCCAUCAUUUUCUGUGAAAGAAACUUUACAAAAUAGAUAUUAAUCAAUCAAAGUGGAUUCAAGCUUGGGCGAGUCAAUUGGAAGUGAGUUUACUAUUCGACUGGAAAACUGCUUACACAGAAAGAUUCUAAUCAGUAACAGAGAAAACUUCAAAGGGCAAAUAUUGUGCACUCGGCAACAGCCCGCCUUGAGGAUUUAAUUUCUAAAGAAAAUCCCUCUCAAAAACUAAAAUGCAGAUUUUGCGAGGAUUCAUCGACUGUGAGUUCAUUAUGUUGCACUCUUGAAUGAUAAAUUUGAGCCAGAAAAUACUAAUACUAGAUAGUGCCCUCUUCAAUCUCACAACAUCACAUCAGAACAAGCUCCUCCUAAAAUGGAAAGUACAGAGAACAGCGAAGAGAAAAGAUUUGAGGAUGCCAGCCGCGAUCAGUUCAACGCUGAUAAGUUGUUCGAAGUCGGUUGGCGCAAUCCACAAACUCCAACAUAGUCCAAGCUUUCCAUCUAUGUUUCUGAGUCAAGCCAAGUUGGAUAGGAAUUUCUUCAAGAGAUUCUGUUUGAGGACGGUGGGUCGGGGAGCUGGCUUCCAAAAAUCUUCAGUCAGCGUCUUGGAUGUUAGGUUACAUACAUCGAUCAGCGUUAUUUUGUAUGAAGAUACCAGUAGGGU